AUGAGCCGCCCUGGGCUCCUCCUGGCCCCGCUGCUGGCGCUGCUGCUCCUGGGGGCCGGGGGCGCUCCGGGCCCCGCGGGGACCCCCGGGCGGCUCCCGGAGGACGCGGAGCAGGAGCACGGCUACUACCUGCGGCAGCUGUUCGGGGCGUACGGCGAGAACGGAACGCUGCCCUCCGAGGGGCUGGCGCGGCUGCUGGGCAGCCUCGGGCUGGGCAGGGUGCAGGUGGUGCAGAUCCAGCACGAGGAGCUCGGCCACGGCCACGUCAGCCACCUGGAUCUGCUGGAGGUGCAGCAGGACAAGCACCGGCACCGGCACCCGCUCUGGGAGCACGGCGGGGAAGCGGCUCCGAGCACCGGAGGACCCCUCAGCCCCCCGCCCUCCCAGACGCCGAGCUGGCCCGAGCCGGUGCCCACCGAGCCCCCCGGUGCGGCGGGGCUCCCCCGGGGGUACCGACCGACCCUCAGCCUGCUGGGGAGGGUGCUGGGCUUGGAGCACUCCAGCAGCGACCACCCGCACGAUGAUUGCCUGAACGUGACGCAGCUGCUGGGGAAUUUCGGGCUGGAUUCGGUGGCGCAGCUGACACCGGAGCAGUUCACGCUGCUCUGCCCGGCGCUGCUCUAUCAGAUCGACAGCCGCGUCUGCAUCCGGCACCGCGAUGAGGUGACGCUGCCUCCCCCGGGGGGGGCCCUGUGGCCAGCUCUGGGCUGGGCGCUCCUGGCCGUGCUCUCGGUGAGCCUCCCGUCCGUCCUGGCCGUGCUGCUGCUCCCGCUGCGCGCCCGCGGCUCCUUCCGCUCCCUCCUCGCCUUCCUGGUGGCGCUGGCCGUGGGGACGCUCUGCGGGGACGCGCUGCUGCACCUCUGGCCGCACGCGCAGGGGAGGCACCCGGAGGCUCCGGGGGACCCGAGCCCCGCGGUGCUGCAGGGGCUGGCGGUGCUGGGCGGCAUCUACGCGCUCUUCGCGCUGGAGCUGCUCCUGGCGAUGCUGCGGCGCCGCCGGGAGGCCACGGGACGCCCCUAUGGAGAGACCCCCGGCCUGGCCGCGGGGGUCCUGGCACCGUCACGGGCAGGUACGAUCCCCCCCGCACCCCUCCCCGGAGCCCCCGGCACCGGCACCCAGCGGAGCCCCGGCACCCAGCGGAGCCCCGGCACCCACCGUGCCCGUCCCGCCGCAGGCACCGAGCUGCGGCUCCUGGCGGCACCGGAGGCGGAGCUGGAGCCGAGACCCCCGGAGCCGCCCCGGGAGCGCCCCCCGGGACCCCCCCACGGACACUCGCACGGCCCCGCGCUGCCCCCCGGGCCCGGCGCCGCCGACAUCGUGUGGAUGGUGGUGCUGGGGGACGGCGUGCACAACCUGAGCGACGGGCUGGCCAUCGGAGCCGCCUUCUCCCAGAGCCUCUCCAGCGGGCUCAGCACGGCGCUGGCCGUGCUCUGCCACGAGCUGCCCCACGAGCUGGGUGACCUGGCAGUGCUGCUGCGGGCGGGCACGGCCCCGCGCUCCCUGCUGCUCCUCAACCUCCUCUCGGCGCUGCUCUCCUGCCUCGGGGCGGUGGCGGGGGUCGCCCUGGGCCGCAGCGGGACCCCCCUCGCCCCCUGGCUCCUCACGGCCACCGCCGGCGUCUUCCUCUACGUGGCCCUGGCCGACAUGCUCCCCGAGGCGCUGCGAGGCUCCGCCGAGGGCACCUGGAGCCGGUUCCUGCUGCAGAACGCGGGGUUCCUGCUGGGCGCUGGCAUCAUGCUGGGCAUCGCCCUGGCCGAGGGGCACCUGCGCUCCUGGCUGCAGCCCUGA